CUCACAGCAAAGCACGCAGAUAUAAGCAGGCCCCAACAAGAGGCAUUCAGCAAAAAUGAAGUCCAUUCUUUCUCUAUCUUUUCCUCCUCCCAUGUUUUUACCAUCCAAUAGGAAGCUCAACUGCCAUUCUUCCUUUUCUCUCUUAAGCUCUUCUCUCUCUGGUUCCUGCAAUUCGACACUGCGAUUCCCCUUCCUCAAAUAUGAAGACGUGAAUGCAAAAUCGACCUCUUUUCCCGCCUCAGUGGCCACCGAAGCUCCAUCAGAGCUUUCAUCGACAAAAACCCAUGAAGUCGAAAAUUCUUCAGAGACCAAAGCCCUGCAAGAUGUGGUUCUUCCCACCAAUGAAUCUUCAGAGCAAUUGCUGCGCAUUCGCCACACGUGUGCCCAUGUUAUGGCAAUGGCUGUUCAGAAACUUUUUCCAGAUGCUAAGGUGACAAUAGGCCCAUGGAUUGAUGAUGGUUUUUAUUAUGACUUUGAUAUGGAGCCUCUAACCGACAAAGAUCUGAAGAGGAUUAAAAAGGAAAUGGACCGCAUCAUAAGCCGAAAUUUGCCUCUAAUUAGAGAAGAGGUCUCCAAAGAGGAAGCUCUAGAAAGGAUAAAGGCAUUGAAUGAGCCCUACAAAGUGGAGAUCCUAGAAAGUAUCAAGUCAGAACCUAUCACAAUAUAUCAUAUUGGAAAUGAGUGGUGGGAUCUCUGUGCUGGACCACAUGUUGAGCGCACUGGAAAUAUUAGCAAGAAUGCUGUUGAGCUUGAGUCUGUGGCUGGUGCUUAUUGGAGGGGCAACGAAAAUAAGGCAAUGCUUCAAAGAAUAUAUGGCACAGCCUGGGAGACUGAAGAACAGUUGAAAGCAUACCUUCACUUCAAAGAGGAGGCAAAACGCCGUGACCACAGACGCCUAGGUCAAGAUCUCGAUUUAUUUUCAAUACAGGAGGAAGCAGGGGGAGGAUUGGUUUUCUGGCAUCCUAAAGGUUCCAUUGUUCGACACCUUAUUGAGGAUUCAUGGAAGAAGUUGCAUAUGGAACAUGGUUAUCAGUUAGUAUAUACUCCUCAUGUAGCAAAGGCAGACCUUUGGAAGAUCAGUGGUCAUCUAGAUUUUUACAAGGAAAAUAUGUUUGACCAAAUGAAAAUUGAAGACGAGCAUUAUCUGCUUAGGCCCAUGAAUUGCCCAUAUCACAUUCUUCUUUACAAACACAAGUUGCAUUCAUAUAGGGACUUUCCCAUCAAAGUUGCAGAGCUGGGAACUGUGUAUAGAUAUGAAUUGUCUGGAAGUUUACAUGGCCUUUUCCGUGUACGAGGCUUUACUCAGGAUGAUGGCCACAUUUUCUGCCUACCUGAUCAGAUCAAAGAUGAAAUCAAAGGCGUAUUAGAUCUAACUGAAGAGAUAUUAAUGCAAUUUGGUUUCAAUAAGUAUGAAGUCAACCUCUCCACCAGACCAGAAAAAGCAGUAGGGAGCAAUGAUAUAUGGGAAGAAGCAACUACUGCUCUAAAAGAUGCAUUGGAUGAUAAGGGUUGGGACUAUCAAAUUGAUGAAGGUGGAGGUGCAUUUUAUGGUCCAAAAAUUGAUCUAAAAAUCGAAGAUGCUCUUGGGAGAAAAUGGCAAUGUACCACUGUACAGGUUGAUUUUAAUUUACCUCAGCGAUUUGACUUAUAUUAUGUUGACUCAAACACGGAGAGGCGGCGUCCGAUCAUGAUCCACAGGGCACUCCUGGGAUCUAUGGAGAGGUUUUUUGGGAUCCUUAUUGAAAACUAUGCCGGGGAUUUCCCAUUAUGGCUUUCACCUAUCCAAGCUCGUAUAUUACCCGUUACUGACUCACAGAUUGGGUAUUCCAAAGAGAUGUUGGCAAGACUCAAGGCAGAAGGCAUCAGAACCGAACUCUGCCAUGGCGAGCGCCUUCCAAAACUCAUAAGAAAUGCUGAGAAGCAGAAAAUACCAUUAAUGGCAGUGGUUGGGCCGAAAGAAAUGGAGAACCAAACCCUAACUAUUCGUUCUCGGCAAAGUGGGGAGCUUGGUUCAAUGAGCAUUGAAGAUUUCAUAAACAAAAUUCGAUUAUGUCAAGCCCAAAGAACAUCAUUGUAGCAAUUAAACAGCAAUCGAUCCUGUAAGUUCUAGCAAUUUAUUUGUAAUUUAUACAGUUUAAAAAAAAAAAUGUAAUUUAUAAAAGAAUAUUGCUUGGGCAUAUAACAAGAAAGCAUUAAAUAUUUACCCAAAAAAAAAAAUUAUAUUAUUUGAUU